AUGGCGGACGGAAUCGACAGACGUGCCGAAGAGCGGAUGGAGUUCAGCACCUCCAAGGAGGUCACGGUGGCCCCUACCUUCGAGGACAUGCACUUGAAGGAGAGCCUUCUCCGCGGAAUUUACGCUUACGGUCGCGAUACCAUUGCGCAAGCCCAGUCUGGUACUGGUAAAACCGCCACGUUCGCGAUCAGUACUCUGCAGGUCAUUGACACCGUUGUGCGCGAAACACAAGCCCUGGUUCUCUCCCCUACUCGUGAACUUGCAACCCAGAUCCAGUCCGUCGUCAUGGCUCUCGGCGACUACAUGAACGUCCAAUGCCACGCAUGCAUUGGUGGUACCAACAUCGGCGAAGACAUCCGCAAGCUCGAUUACGGCCAGCACGUCGUAUCAGGAACCCCCGGCCGUGUCGCCGAUAUGAUCCGUCGCCGACACCUGCGCACCCGUCACAUUAAGAUGCUCGUUCUCGAUGAAGCAGACGAACUACUCAACCGCGGUUUCCGCGAGCAGAUCUACGACGUUUACCGCUACCUUCCGCCGGCGACGCAGGUUGUGGUUGUUUCGGCCACUCUUCCUUACGACGUGCUUGAUAUGACGACUAAGUUCAUGACAGACCCUGUACGUGUCUUGGUCAAGCGUGACGAAUUGACUCUGGAGGGUAUCAAGCAAUACUUCAUUGCUGUUGAGAAGGAGGAAUGGAAAUUCGACACACUUUGUGAUCUCUACGACACCCUGACCAUCACCCAGGCAGUGAUUUUCUGUAACACUCGCCGAAAGGUCGACUGGUUGACUGACAAGAUGCGUGAGGCCAACUUUACUGUCUCCAGCAUGCAUGGCGAGAUGCCACAGAAGGAACGUGACAGCAUUAUGCAGGACUUCCGUCAGGGAAACUCGCGUGUUCUGAUCUCCACCGAUGUUUGGGCUCGUGGUAUCGAUGUCCAACAGGUUUCACUUGUGAUCAACUACGAUCUGCCCACCAAUCGUGAGAACUACAUUCACCGUAUCGGUCGUUCUGGCCGUUUCGGUCGCAAGGGUGUAGCUAUCAACUUUGUUACUAGCGAUGAUGUCCGUAUUCUGCGGGAUAUUGAGCUUUACUACUCUACCCAGAUUGAUGAAAUGCCCAUGAAUGUUGCCGAUCUUCUAUCAUAA